AUGGAUGUGGGCUUUGCUCGUCGUCUAGCGCGCCUAGUUGUCUAUAGGGAACGCUAUGACCAACCUCCCGAUAGUGCUUGCACGUUUGUUACAAAUUCACUUAUUCUGGAAGGGAAGGUUAAUGUUUUGUCUGAAAAGGAAACAGCCGAUUUUCUUAUUUCUAUCACACCAGACAAAGAUAGAAGAGAUCAAGUGGCGAAUGGCCUACUAUUCUAUUUGCUCACAGAUGGAGUUAAUUUCAACAAGUAUUUCCGCUGCUUAUCGGUGAUAGCGAACGAUCAGUGGUACGCCACGCUUUGUAAUGUGAAUAUGAUCCUGAUUGAGUUAUGGCCUAAACUGCAGGAGUCAUGUCGAGAGUUGAUGCUGCAAUUUUUUCGAGAAGCUGUUAAGCUGAAUGUUCCAAAGAUUGAAAAUGUUAUAAUGAAUCUAGUACGUUGUCUCAACAGCAGUGUUGAGUGGAACCUCAAGCUGCGACACGCACAUGUGAUUGCCACUUUACUUAACGAACACGAGCAGUGGAUAAUGGGGUUGAAGCCAGGAACAUUCAUGUUGCUGAAUAUCAUAACCAUUUUUGGACAUUUGAUAAUCGACAUACCUCCUGCCAGUCCUUUUGAGAAUGUCCGUCUGGCUAUGAUACAAAGCCUUGUAUUCAUUAUAAGGAAUCGCUUCCAAGACGUCUGCCUGUUGGGACGUGAUUUGCUUCUUGUUCUGAUGCGACUGGCUAAGAUUCCACAAAUUAAUGCCAUUUGGGUGGAUCUCAUCACAAAUCCAUCCAAGUUUGGUCUAAAUGACGGAUUAGAGGAAUUGUUCCGUUCAAACGCAAACUUCUAUCCCGUCAGGUUAGCAGCAGAAAUGGCGAAAAAGAUUGAGUUCAUUAUCUGUCAAUGCAAGCCUAAUGCUCAAGAUAAACACUUUGAAUGGUUUUCUAAUUCGUUUUUUCGCGGUCCUGAUGGCUCUAGCCUUCGAGCUGAGACCAUACGUUAUGUCCAAUACUUCUUCAAACCUGAUAUGCCUGCACAUGUUCUUGAAGCUCGCGGUCAUUUUCUAUAUUACUUGUUGACGAGUAUCCCUCCGAAUUCCGAUGUUGAACAGCAGUGGUGCAAAACAGUGGUUUGGUUCGAUUGGUUGACGUUUGAUCCACACACAUCAGUGCAAUUCAUUGAGCCGGUGAUGAGUAUGCUCCGAAUAGCGCUGGCUAGCAUGCCAUCUAAAGCCACCGCCUUAUUGGAAUAUGUUUGCAAGAGUGUUGCGCUGAUCUACCCUGCUCGAAUGGAGCUAUUCAAGAAAUCUGUCAACGAUGCCAUGCAAGCUGUGCAUGAGUACUAUCAAGGCGGAUUGACAGGUCUUCUUGACAAUCCUCGUAUUGAGCGCACCGUUCGCGAAUUGGUUCGGGAGACGUUCUCAGACUAUUUCGCUCGGAAUGCUCCUCCUCCUGUACCUCCGUCAAUUCCACCCUCAGCUUCGGCGCCACAGCUAAAUGUACCACAGCAGCAACCUCCAGUGACACGACCACAGUCGUUACCCUCAACGGCUGUUGCACCAUCAAAUUCUAAUCACACCACGAGUAAUAAAGAACGAGGUCGAUCGAAGGAUAAGGAAAAGAACAAAGAGAAUGAGAGAGAGGAAAAGGAACGAGUAAAGCAGAGCAAAACACCUAGUCCGCCAAAUGGUACUGUAAUAUCUCCAAAAGUCGAUGAGCCAGUCACAUUACAGGCGAAAAAGAGGGAACGGGAAAAGGAAAUUGACGAGUUGGUGGAGCAGUUACGAGAUGAUUUCAAAACAACGAUGGUAUCAUUAAGGGAAACUUACCGUGAUACGGAAGACGACAGUGAAAGGGGAGAAGCUGUACAACGAUUACUGCAGAAACUUUUAGAAAAUGAAGAUCCGAUAGAUGAUGAGCAACUUGAAUUGGUAGCACACAGUGUUCAACUUUUGAUGGGCAGCCCCGUAAACGGUCGUCGCUCCAUCCUUCCAGAUCCUGUCACAGAAGAUGCACUGGCUGAUUCAUUCGCGCAUCCAUUAUUUAUCAUCUUCCGAAAUUUGUGCUACACACCAGACACGGAUGCAACGACGAGGUCGUUAAUGGUGAACAUGAUUGCGACAAUGCGGGAUUAUGAUAACACAGUCACUUACCUUAUGCUGUUUUUCAUAAAGGCGAACGAUGGUCUAAGCAACGAAUGCAUUUUAUGUUAUCGUGAUGUAGCUCGCGCGAGAGAAGAGGACAUAGAAACAUUGAUAACAGCUGAUUUGCAG